CUUUCGAGAGUUCAUCCCAACGAGUGAUGGUGAGAGAAAAUCGGCAAGUGUUCAGAUAGCCUUGGGAGCACUGACCAACUUACAUGAACAACAAUAAUAGUGCCUCCAGAUGAUCCUUGUUGAUACAUAUAAGAAUGCACGCCAGAACAAGUGAGCGAGUGAAUAAAGGUUUCGUGCCAAACUCUCACAAGUGAGGAUUUAGUGGGAGCUUUGUGUUCUAAUUCCUCUUAAACCCCGGCUCUAAAAUGCCCUUCAAGUCCUUGAAGGUAAGGGAAUGGAUUAUCGCCAAGGAUGAAGAAGAUCGCUAGUCAGAAUAACGCCGACCAAGUCAUUCCAACAUGAAGACCUCUCACUUGAUCCCAAUUGUCUUCUUACUUUUGGGGCAAGUUACAAGUCAGCCAUUGGAUCCAGAUGACUUCAGUUCCAUGUUCCCGUCAGAAUCGGCGGACCACAAUGGGAUCACUUAUCGGACGGCUUAUGCUUGCCAAGGCCAGACUCUCAAUAUCAGCUGUCCAAACUCUGGUGACGUCAUAAAGGUGAUUCGAGCCAAUUACGGCCGAUUCUCCAUUGCCAUUUGCAAUGAAGAAGGUCGGACGGAUUUCUCGGUCAAUUGUCUGGCUCCAAAUAGCUUCCGAGUCAUGCAGGAAAGAUGUGAUGACCACCCGAUGUGUUUGCUCUCGGCCACAAUCGAGCAGUUUCAAGACGAUCCUUGUAAUAACACGAGGAAGUAUCUGGAAGCGCAUUAUUAUUGUCACAAUGGCACGGAAGUGUCGACCACCACGACCACAACCAAGCGACCUUUACCACCAUGGAUGCGAACCACUCGUUAUUCCACCACAUCAACCACAAUCAUUCCGCCAACGGAUCAAGAAGCCAAAGACGACGCUAAGAGGAGGCGUGUUCCCAUCACGCUCCCCCCAACGCGUCCUCAAGAGUCGCCCGAAUCCAUCCCGGGUGUGCGGGGCAAUGGACAAUCCAAGACCAAGAGCAUCUUGAACAAAUUCCUCAGCUCCUCGAUCUCGUCCACCAAUAUCAUGGACACGAGCGAGACUCCGGUCACCCUUUUAGAUGGAAAACGUGGGAUGGAGAAGGAUGGAGAGAGCACGGCCAUCAUGGUGGAUCCUCAGACCACAUCUAGCACAAGUACAACUCCGGUCCCCACGGCCAAAGUGACGACAGCGACCGUCCCACCCAGCACCACGCCCAAAGCAUGGAUCAGAAAGAAUCACGUGGUCGAUUUUCCCACCACUGAACCUCCGAAACCCAAUCCCAAAGCCAGUUUGGUGGACGAAAGGAGCUUCAGUACCAAUCCUUUGCUGGAAUAUCCUGGCUAUUGUUCCCCUCGUCGAGUUCGAACUCUGGAUUGGAGUUGGACUCGCCCAAACACGGUGGCCGUCAUGCCUUGUCCAUUGACGACGUCGGGCAUGGCUCGAUGGAAAUGUGGACACAAUGGGCGGUAUGUCACGCCUCAUCCGGAUUUGAGCCAGUGUCAGUCGAUUUGGUUGAAGAAGAUCCGGAACCGGCUGAUCCAUGAGCAACUGUCCCUCGUUCAUGUCGCUCGUGAUAUCCUGUAUCAUCUGGGCAGCCAUCCGCUCUUUGGCGGCGACCUUCAGACUUUGGCGGGCGUGUUGGAUCUCAUGACCUCGGGCCUUCGAGGCGAGUUGUCAGGCAUUCCCACCCGUGAGCAGCGAAAGGCUGUGGUGGCUGAAUAUGUCCAAAGUGCGGUGCAUGUCUCGAGCCAGGUGCUGGAGGACCGCAAUGUGAUCAGUGGUGCUUGGAAGGAUCUACCCAGCCUUCAGGAACGGCUCCACGUGUUCUCGGCCUUUUUGACGGUCCUCGAGGAUUCUGGGCUUCUACUCUUGGAAGGAGCAGUGCAAGAUAACCUCGAGACCACUGUUCAAGGCAAGAAUGUCCUGAUCUCAGUGCGCAACGUGAGCUUUCGACAAAUGCUCCCCAUGAAUCUGCCCAGUGAAGCGGCCUUGGCGGCCAAAGAUUGGUCGGGACGCACGGAAUCCGUCAUGGUCCCACCAGUGGUCCUCAUGGAGAACAUGGAGCGAGGUGGGGGAGCCAACGUGGUAUUUGUGAUGAUCAAGAAUGGAAAGCUCAUUGUUAAUGAGGAUCCCAAUCGCGUUAACGACUCUGCAAUCGAUGACAGUGUGCGAAGAGAACCCGUUCAUGGGGAAAGCCUAAUUUCCGAUGCCAAGGAGCCCGUUCCAAAGAACAUGAUUUCCCACGUGCUGAGCGUGGCCUUAGGGGGACCCAAUGCCAAACAUCACGAGCACUUCCUGCCUAAGACGUCAAAGCCCCUGGAGAUCACGUUUCAGCACCUCAUUCCCAAUGUGACGAGUCCUCAAUGUGUGUUUUGGCAUCCUCGACAACAGGAUUGGUCGUUGGAAGGUUGUCAAUUGGUCAAGACCAAUCAAUCUCACUCGAUUUGUUCCUGUGAACAUCUUUCAUCCUACGCUUUGGUGGAUGGAGGGCCACUGGCGGAUCUUAGCCACGAUUGGCCGUGGUGGAUGUGGAUCGCUAUCAUCUUGGUCAUUAGUCUGGUCAGUGUGGGGAUCUUCAUCCUCUUGGCUUUCAUUUGCAUCGUUUGCAAAAGACGGAGAGGCUGGCAGAAACCCUUGAAAGAUGAGGCCAUGGAAUCUCGACCAGGCCUUUGUUGUUGCUUGAAAUCCACCAAAAUGGGCACAUCCCAUUCGGAUAGCUUCCAAGACCAUCAUGAUAUGUUGGAGAGUCCCACAUUCCAUCAAACCAACCCAAGACUUCGUGACGCUCCCGGGGGUCACUUGGAUCGUGGCAUGCACUUGACACUGCGACCGAUGAUUUCCAGUCCUAUGCCCUCCGCGGAUCCUCCGCCGGAUUUGGUGCGAAUGCAACAGUUCAACACGCAGCCAUUUCCCCAAAACACCGCUCCCAGACGUAACAAUCUGCACUAUCAGCCUCAACCUCAAGAGGCCACUCCUUGGCAUCAUCACACCACCCGACCCACCCCAUCGAAUGCGGCCGCUCGAAACAAAUGGCACGGACCCGGGAGUUCCAAAGUGGUGGAGACCCCGGAACGACCCCUCCUCACGGAUUUUCCCUCGCCGGGACAGUUCAGCAAUACCAACCAUAUUUAUAUGGAAGUCCAGGAUCCCUGGCACCAAGGUCAUUACGACAUGGAUCCCAAUUAUUCGCCCACCACCCUGAUGAGCCAACACCAGCCCAUUCACUUGCCCAUCAUGGUGGCGGAGAGCUCGAAUAGCUCGCAGAGUAGUGGCUACGCCAGUGCCACGUUCCAGAACCAGCAGCAAAAGAUGCCCACCGUCCCCACUGGACGGGAUGAGUCUCGGGGGGGUUCUAGUCAGGUGUUCUCGAUCAGUUCCCGGGGACAUCAUCCUACCAAUGGCAGGUUGACCUCGUCGUCCCGCAACCGACCGAAUAACCUGUCUAAAGGAACGAACGGUCGAGCCAAGUAUCAAUAUGCGGGUCGGGAGGACCAUGGUCUGCGGUCACCGGGUUCCAUGUCGGUCGAGCAAACUCAGCUCAUUUAGUAACGCUCUCCGUGAUAUACCACUUCAUGAAAUGUGAACCCAUUACUCAACUUGUCCCAUUUUUAUACACACUAUGAUGAAUCCGUUACCUGGAACAGAUGUACUUUUGUCAAACGUGCGUAAUAUGCAUUAUUACCAUAACUAAUAGCAUCAUUACGAUGAUACUGAUCAAAAGGAAUAUGCAAAUUUGUUACAUUCUCUCUCUAUCAAUAGAGCUCAAGUGGAUGAAUGCAUCGCUAUGUGUGUCUCCCAGAAAUAUACUGCAACUCAAUUGUUCUAGUCGA